CACAUAAACGUCGGUUUUUAUACAUUUGCAAAAAAUGAAAAAGACGCUCGUCGACGCCUAAGAGUCACCACUCUCCCCUCAAAAGGAGAACAUAUUUCUGUCCGCUCCCCAUCCCUCAGCAACCUGGAGGAGAGACAGCGCAACUGCAUCACCUCCCCUGCCUCCUCCUCACAGGGUUGGUUGCCAUCCAUCCCCUCUCCUCCUCCUCCUGUACCAUAACAGAUGGUGGGAACAACAUUUCAUGCACCGGGCACCACAACAAUAGACCGCAGCAUCCCGUCCAGCCCGUCACGGCCUUGCAGCGUCAUGCUCCCGGCGAAGGACUGCAGGAAGCUCUCAGUGCCGUCGUGAACUGUUUCACGCCGGUACCAGCCAAAACCAUCAGCACCACGGCCACGGAGGAACCUUCUUGCCACUGUUUGGGCUCUCCACCGAGCGAAGGAAGAUGGCCGCUAUGAAAAUAUUAACCAGCGCCGGGCUUUUCUUGGCUUUUUGCGCGCUGGGUCUCCUCGCCAUGGCGAUCUGCACCGACUACUGGUACGAGACCGACGCCAGGAGACACCGAGAGAGGUGCAAAAACUAUGCCAACAAGCGGAACGACCCCGGUUACAUCUACAUCUCAAACCAUAACCUCCCCCUCCAGAUGCCUCCAAAAACCGGCCCAGACGCUGCCCCUCUCGUCAGGGGGAAGCGGCACUUUCUGCCCGCGUCGUCUUCAAUGGAGUCCCACUGCAGCCGGCAGUUCAACUCCACCGUCUCCGGGCUCUGGAGGAAGUGUCACCGGGAAGGAUUCGACCUGGAGACCGAGGACCUGAUUUACAAAGGAGUAAUUCAAAGGUGUACUCCGGUCAAGUACCACUAUUCCUCGUCCAUCCUUCCACGGAAUUUACCCAUCAACAUCACAAAGACCAUACGCCAGGAUGAGUGGCACGCGCUCCAUCUAAGAAGGAUGACAGCCGGCUUUGUGGGCAUGGCCGUGUCCAUCAUUCUUUUUGGUUGGAUCAUUGGCGUGCUGGGAUGCUGCCAGCAGCAUGACCUCAUGCAAUAUGUAGCCGGCCUACUCUUUCUCAUGGGAGGAACAUGUUGCAUCAUCUCCUUGUGCACAUGUGUGGCAGGAAUCAACUUCGAGUUGUCCCGCUACCCGCGCUACAUGUACGGCCUCCCUGAAGACAUUAGCCACGGCUAUGGUUGGUCCAUGUUUUGUGCCUGGGGGGGCCUCGGCCUCACAUUGCUGGCUGGCUUCCUCUGCACCCUGGCUCCCUCCUUGAGCACGCCCACUCGCACGACGACCCACAAACCGAGGCAGGAGAACGGAACCGUGUGACAUGAGGUGUUACAAGGAGACUGACCCACCAAACGCACAAAGCACACCUUUCCAUUGUUAACUCUGAAACAGUUCUCGUGUAAUCACCGUAUCACAACACCCUCAACGUGGCCAUAUCCUUUCAGUGUGCAGUGUGCCUGAUCUGUGACAAAAACGCAACAAAAUAAAAGACGAACUUCACACAUCAAACCCCUCGAUGGACCUUCAGGAACAUGAAGAACAACUUGUACAGCAGCUCAUGAGUGGGAAACGGCUUCAAAAAGGCCUCUUUAUUGUUGUUGUCUGUUUUGAUUUCUGAGAUGCUGAUUUUUCUGGCGCUUUAAAGUGAACAGAUAUCUCUGAAUAGAAUUACUCUUAAAAUGGUGCUCUUUGAAACAAAUAAAGCCACUUACAUUCCUACAAAGGAAACACACAUGCAAACACAUAUCUUCUCAGUUCCUCUGGAGAAAUCUUGAGAGAAAUCCUCAAACAGAAAAAGUCAUCAAGACAAACAUCCGUCCAGAACAUCCUGCCAGGACUCUGAUCUAUAUCAUUGUUUGUAGUGAAGAAAAAAAAUGUGUUUUGUUGCUCGUAUCUUAGUGAAAAACACAAACUGGUAUAAAAAAUUAAUCAGCUGUAUAAGGUUGCGGCUUGUAAAAAUAUUACACCAGUGUGAUAUAACACACUAGAGAAAAUUAGCCUCAAACAUAAAAGAAAAUGCAUUUUUAUGUAGAGCCAGAUGUUUGUGUGAAAUGAAUAUUUGUAUUUAUUUUUUUUUUUACUUUUCUCUCCUAACAGUAAACGAGGUUAAGAAUGAUUUUUAAACCCAAACACCAAGUAAAAAAAACAAAACAAACAAAAAAAAAACAUGAAAAAUAUGAAAACAGAGAAGCUGCUGAGCUCUGACCGGAUGUUGACGCUAUUGCUCAUGCAGCCGGGUUGCUUGGUGACAGCUUAAUAAUAACCUGACAGAAACCAAGACGUGGAACAAAGCUAUUAACUAAAGAAUAUGUUUUAGUUUUAUCUUAAUUAUGGCCGCCUUUUUAGUCUUGCAAACAGUGAACACAAACACAUUAAGCUAUUUCUGAGAACAAGGGAAGCAACGGUGGCUAUCAGUGCAACACCACCCUCAUGAUCUCCUAACCUAAUUAUAGAGAUGCUGUAAAGUCAAACAUUGUGAGAAAGGGCAAAUAUCUCCAUAUCAGAACAAGCAGGAAAUGGGCAGCGGUCCUAAUCAUAUGUUCUGCUCCCUUUGCAAGUAGUGACACUGCUGUUAAAGAUGUUGAAAAUGUCUUAAAAUAAAUAAUUUAUUAUAGGACCAUUAACUGAAGACUUUCAGAAAAUAAUUUAUCUUUAGUUUGUGGACAUUUACACAGCCAGGGGGAAAAAAACCUCAUGUUGAGAAAUAAAGUGUUAUUUAUUUAUUUUUUUUGUCUGUUAUGUAGAUAUUUGUACUCUAAGCAAUUUUUAUGAAACUUAAAAUGUUCUUCUUUUAUUUCGUAUAUUAAUUGUUUUAGUAUUUUUAGACUCAAGCUGCAGGUUGAAUCCUGGCGUUUGUCUUUCUGCAUAAACGUUUCUCCCUGCGAAAGCGUAGGUUCUCUCCAGCUUCACUCCACACUAAAAACAUGCCUGUUGGAUUAAUUGGUUUCUCUAAGAAACCAAUUAAAACCCUGACAAGAAAAGGCAGAGUUCAGACAAUGGAUGGUUUCAGAACUUUUAAUUAGUAAACUGUUCCCAUUUACCUGGAAUAUAAAUUUAAUGUGACACCCUCGUACAUUUUAUUUAGCCACCAGGAUGGAUAAGCUCCCCAGCUUAUUUUACCGUUAUGCAAAGUAAGGUAGCUGUUAAAAAGAAAUAAAAAAGAAGUCAUUACUCGAGCACUGCAGCAAAUAUUGGCAUCUUGGCCUCCCUAAAUCUGGUUAUUCGGGUGUGAUUCUAGGAAAAAAUGUCUUCCACCAUCAUAAAUGUAGGGAUGUACAGUUUUCCAAAUGCUACCUGGACUUUUUCUGGAACUGUUCUUAGGGUUAAUAGAUCAAGACUGAACUUUUUAGCUAUAUUCCAGAUGUGUCUAGGGAAAAAAAAAAACAAUAUGUUUGGAAAAGCACCUCAUGCUCACUGCUUCACAUUCUUUUGUUACACUUUCUUUUGAAAAUGCUCUUGAAGCCGUCCUAGAGUUAAAUGGAGUCAUGAACUCUUUGAGAUGCCAGAAAAAUCAUCCAGAGUUUCAAAAGGUUAUCGAUUCAAAACAUUUUGCUGAAUCAGGGCACAAGAGAUUCCCCAGACACAAAAUAGACCUUCUGCGAUGGACUCAUUGUUGUAGAAAACAAUUCGUUUUCUCCCUGCAUCUUCUUCACUUCUAUUGAAGUGAAGAAGAUGCAGCUUCAGACAAGGUCCAGGACUAAAAACAUCCUCUUUCUGUAAGGUGCAAUAUUGUGAAACAUUAUACGAGAGAAUUAAGUGCUGAUCUAUCGGUAAAAAGGGGUUUUGCAGUGUAUUAACAGCAGGGACGCCAAUGAUUGUACCGCUGAUGAUUCUGUGAAAGACAUUAUUUCUCAACAUAGUUUUUUUUCUGCUAGAUUAUGGCGGGUUUAUUUUAAAAACAUAUUUUAAUUUCUUUUAUACUUCUUUACCAGAGGUGCCAACAAUUGUGAAGAGGGUUAUGUAAAGAUCCACAAAUUCAGAAAUGCAGUGUUCAUUCCAUAAAACUGGUUUAAGACUGAGGCAAGGGUUACCUAUCUCACAGUAUCACAGUGUCCCUUCUCAAACUGUAAAAUAUUUUUUUUUCUAUUACGCAAAAAUAACUUUUAUUAUGUACUAACUUUUAAAAUGUGAAACUUGCAAAGACACAGGAAAUAUCUUAUCACCCAUGUUAGUUUUAAUUUGUUAUUCAAUCUUCAUUAAAAAAAAAAAAAAGAAAUGCACAGACAGUAAGAAACUAGACGAAUAUUUUUGUCGGAAAGCACAACAUCCAAAAACCAAAUGGGUUUUUUUUAUUGGAUGCAACACAUGGAUUAUGAAAUAUCUCUUCUUUUAAUGAGAUUUCUGAAAUCAACAAGCUGAUGGGUACAAGUGGCAUUUUAAACUCUUGGGGUUUUCUUAUUUAAAUUGACAAUGAGGAUAGAGUUUAAAUGAUUAACACUUCAUUUGUUUAAAUUUUUUUUUACUUGUGUAACAUAUGAUUAAAUAUUGUGAAUAGCUCUGAAAGUCAUGUUGAGCCAAAAAGAUUUAAUAUUCAGUUUAAAUGAAAAUUAGACUUAUUUUUAUUUUUCCCAGUGAUCGUUUCAGGUAUUAGGAAUUAACAGAGAACAUCACCUUCCAGAGAUUAUAACUGUUUCUCACAGAGUAGAAGAACUUCAUUAAAAAAAAUACAAAAACCUUCAUCAGCGGUUCAUGAUGUCAGGUGUUGAUUACCUGGUAUGAGUCUUGAUCAUUCUUCUGUCAACUAUGUCAAAUAGCUCAUAUAAAAUAAGGUGUCAUAGUGUGCUAACAACACGUUCUGUGAUGUUCAGUCCUUUCAGUAUUGCCAUUAACGAGAAAAUUAGCUAACGCAUGACUGAAACUUGUACCGUCAGUGUGGUGAGAUCUUUGCACUUUGCUGCAUCAUGUAAAGGUCAGUGAGCCUGGAGUGUGAGAUAGAUAUGCUUUUAUAAGGCUACAUAAUGUAGCAAAUGAAGAACAGGGCAUGUAAGAAGCCUCAUUCCACGGCGUGUUCAGGAUCCAGGCUCUUGCAUAUCAGAAACUCUGAAUAUGAUAUAUGAAGAUUUUUGUGUAAGGUUGUGACAAAGAAAAUUGACAGAAUGCAAUGCAACAAGAUGAUUUGGGUUUCUCAAGUUUUGAGUUCACACCCAAACUCGUGUGAAUUGAUAUCAACAAAAUCAGUUACAGUGACUGUAUGUAUAGGUCAUUUACUACAAGUAUUAGGUGUUAUUGUGACUCAAACACAGUUGCACACCGCCCUUUCAAGAUGUUUUGUACAUUGCCGGUGGAGAAAUUUGACUUCUCUGGCCUUCAUGUGCCAUCAUGCGACCCCUAUGUUUUACAAAUAUUGUGAAGCACAGAAUUACACCUCCCCGGACUUGAUAAAAAGUGAACCACAGCACACCGUAGCAAGACUCUCAAAAUAUCAACAACAAAGAACACUUGAAAACAAUUCUGCCACAUGGUACUCAGAAAGGCUGUAAAAUCCUUCUCAAGUGGUUCCCUCCUGUGUGUUUCAUGAGGAACUUUGUACUGCGAGAGAAAACGCCGCCCCUCAGAGUGGCACAUGUUUCAGUAGCACAGCUAUUAUUUUCUACAGUUCAUUUAUACUGGGUGCAUCCACUUCAGAUGUUGUGUGGGAUUAAAAAAGACAUUACAGUCUUGCAUGAUCUCAUUAGUUUCUUUCAGUAUAUGAUAAAAAAAAAAAUCUGUGUCCAUUUUUAUUGAUUUAUUCUAAUGUAAUAAAAUAUGUAUUUAUUAA